GUUUUCUUCCCACCGACCCAUCGCCCCAGCCUUCGUCUCUCGUCCUUCGCCCCCCUCCUCAUCUCGUCGCUGCUGCCAUCGCUACUCCGUUCGUCCGUCAUGUCUGGCUACACCCUCGUCGACACCUUCCCCUCUGGCUCGGGCUUCUUCGAUCGCUUCACCUUCCUCAACGGCCGCACCAACGGCGAGGACGACUUUGCCCUGUACCAGAGCCGCGCCAAUGCCACUAUGCUCGGGCUCAUCUCCAGCGACCCAAACUCGCCCACGAUCAUCCGGGUCGACAACUCUUCGGUCCUGGCCGCCGAUGCCAUUGGCCGCCCCAGCAUCCGCAUCCACUCGAUCCAGACCGUCACCACGGGUCUGUACGUCUUCGACAUUGGCCAUGUCCCCGUUGCCUGCGGCACCUGGCCUGCUCUGUGGUUCAAAAAGACCUCUGUCCAAGACCCCACUGCCACCGAGAUCGACGUUUACGAGACCAUCGACUUCCGAAAGACCAACGGCAUCGGCUUCUAUUCCAACGGCAAUUGCUCGGCCUCGACCCAGUCCAGCCAGCUCCUCAACCUCACCCAGACCACUCUCAACUGUGGAAUCGACCCCAAGAACCGCGCCGCCCUCAGCGGAUGCAACUACAAUGACCUGCCUAUCAGCUCCGCCGGCACCGGCUUCAACCAGCAGGGCGGCGGUGUCUACGCCAUGGAAAUGACGUCCAACUACAUGAACUAUUACUACUGGCCCCGCUCACAGAUCCCCAGCGAUCUCACCAGCGGAAACCCCAACCCCUCCGGCUGGGGCAAGCCCUAUAUCAACUUCCAGUUUGACUGCUGCUCCCCGGAUCUGUUCCAGGGCCUGAACUUGAUCAUCAACACCAAUAUCUGCGGCGAGUGGGCCGGCACCGCCAAGGAUGCCGAAUGCGCCAGCCUCUGGUCGGGCGAAAAGGCCUGCAACAGCUACAUCGCCGCCCACCCCGAGACCCUGAGCGAGGCCUACUGGGCCUUCAACUCGGUCAAGAUCUACCAAAAGGCCCAGGACCCCUUUGCUCCCAACCCGUCCGUCACCUGCCCCGCCGGCUCUGUCGUCACCGCGACCUUGAAGCAGUCCUCGAUCGUUCCACCGACCCCUGCUGCCACCCGCCUCGCUACCACCGUCAUCCCCAUCAUAGCCUCGUCCCGGACCAUCGGCAUGAUGACCACUGUCGUGCCCGUCAAGAGCACCAGCAAAAGCGCCGCUGCCUCGCUGGCCCCAGCCCAGAGCUCCAUGCUCGUUGGCGCCCUUCUGUUCUGGAUGCUGCUGCGAAGGCUCUUCUAAGGCCGGACACGGCCAUAUUUGGCUGUCGAGUCUUGCUUGGCGGUAGAGGCGACUGCAGUUCAUCUGAUCGGCGCCGUUGGCCAUCCAAGAGGCCGGACACACAACUCAAGAUCUAUGCUAUUUGGGCUUCAUCAUGUCCCCCUCAUUUACUUUUGCAUAUUCUCGUUCCAAUGCGAUUCUGCUUUUCUCUUUCUGCUUUGUUUCCCCCCCCCCAAACAUCAAGUUAGGUCCGUCUCGGUUGACUCCGAGCCUCCUAACCCGCUCAAAAUUGCAUCGCGAGCGUAUAGUGCACAUUGAAUCCGCAUAUGUUCCAUUCCGCAAUACUAGCUGCACUCUCAUUGAGAUAUAGAAUUCCUUUGAAUAAAAGCAACCUUCGUUUCA